AGCUACUGUAGUCUGUGUCCCUUCCUCAACUUGUUCAGGUUCAGCUGUUGUAGUCUCUCUCUCCCUGCCUUCCACACUUCCACAAUGAGUUACAGGUCAGGCAGUUACUCAGUGAGCUCCAUGAGGCCAGUGGGCUCUGUCCGUUCCAGCCAGGUGAUGACGGUCCAGAGGUCCAUGCCCCUGGCCAGCGCUGCCAGUGUGUACGGCGGUGCCGGGGGCAGGGGGUCCCGGAUCUCCGUCGGGGGGUCAUCGUCAGGGUUCGGAUCCGGCUUAGGCUCCGGGGCUGGUGGCUCCUAUAGCUCCAUGUCCGUCAGCGGCAGUGGCCUGGUGGGCAACGAGAAGGAGACCAUGAUCGGCCUAAACGACCGCCUGGCUGCCUACCUGGAGACUGUGCGCAACCUGGAGCAGGCCAACAGCAAGCUGGAGUUCCAGAUCAGAGAGGCCCUGGAGAAGAAGGGACCCACCACCCGAGACCUGAGCCCCUUCGAGAAGACUCUGGAAGACCUGAGGAAGAAGGUGUAUGACAUGACCAUGGACAAUUCACGUUUGGUGCUCCAGAUUGACAAUUCCCGCUUGGCUGCUGACGACUUCAGAGUCAAGUUCGAGUCGGAGUACAGCAUCCGUCAGUCGGUGGAGAGUGACAUCAUCGGUCUGCGCAAGGUCAUCGAUGACACCAAUAUGGGCCGCAUGAACCUGGAGAGCGAGAUCGAGUCUCUGAAAGAGGAGCUGAUCUUCAUCAAGCAGAAUCACAACCAGGAGGUGAACGAUCUACGCAACCAGAUCGCCCAGUCCGGAGUGCAGGUGGACGUGGACGCUCCCAAGGGUCAGGACCUGGCCCAGGUGUUGGCGGAGGUGCGCGCGCAGUACGAGAGCAUGGCGCAGAAGAACAGGGAUGAACUCAAAGCGUGGCACGAAAACAAGCUCACAGAGGUGGAGGUGGAGGUCAUACAGAACACAGAGGCUCUGCAGGGGGCCAGGACAGAGGUGACAGAGCUGAGGAGACAGAUGCAGUCCCUGGAGAUCGAACUGGAAUCCCAGCGAAGCAUGAAAGCGUCACUUGAAGACUCGCUUCGGGACACAGAGAUGCGCAACAACAUGGAGAUGGAAAGGUACAACAACAUGAUCCUGCAGCUGGAGGCGGAGCUGGGACAGCUGCGAGGAAACAUCCAGAUGCAGGCGUCGGAAUACGAGGCGCUGCUCAACAUAAAGAUGAAGCUGGAGGCAGAGAUCGCCACCUACAGGCGGCUCCUGGACGGGGAGGACUUCAGGCUCCAGGAUGCCCUGGUUGAUCAGUCCAGCACCAAGAGCAUUAAGAAAGUCACUGUCACACAGACCCUGGUCGACGGCAAGGUGGUGUCAGAGAGCACCAACACCAAGGAGAUUGGGAAGUGAGCCCUACCCCCUACUCGAGAGGGGUACAGCUGCAGCCCCCUAAGCAGCUGAGAGAUAUGAUGCUGCUGAGAAGGGUCCUGCAGUGAUACCCUAUUGCCCUACUCUCUCCCCACUAACAAAAAUAUAUUGCUUAGAAAGAAAAGUAAAAGAACCCACAAUGCAACAGCAACAUGACUGCUGGCUCCUGUGUGCCUCAGCAACUGUGUAACUGCCUGGCGAUGUUCAAAUAAAAGCAACCCCUUUUCAGAAA